GCUACUGCGCAGGCGCCCAAGCCGGAGGGCGGAAGCGGAAGGCUCGACGCGUCGGUGGGAGCCCGAGUGACCGUAACCAUGCGCGGCCUGGAGGAGUCGGGGCCUCGACCCACAGCGACCCCGUGCGGGUGCAUAAAGCCAGCCCUGGAGACAGGGAAUCUAUUAACUGAGCCAAUAGGCUACUUGGAAUCCUGUUUCUUGGCCAAGAAUGGCACGCCAAGGCAACCAUCCAUUUGUAGUCAUUCUCGGGCCUGUUUAAGGAUUAGAAAGAGCAUCUUUAAUAAUCCUGAACAUUCCUUGAUGGGCCUAGAACAGUUUUCCCAUGUUUGGAUUUUGUUUGUUUUUCACAAAAAUGGUCAUUUGAGCUAUAAGGCAAAAGUGCAGCCCCCUAGGCUGAAUGGUGCAAAGACUGGUGUGUUUUCCACAAGGAGCCCUCAUCGUCCCAACGCCAUAGGACUGACCCUGGCCAAGCUGGAAAACGUGGAAGGUAACCCAUUUCAUUUCUACUUUUAUCUUCUUAUCUCAAAAUGUCUUGUAAAGCCUGUACUGGACAUAAAGCCCUACAUAGCUGAUUAUGACUCGCCACAGAAUUUGAUGGAGCCUUUAGUGGACUUUAAUUUACAGAAUAACCAACCUAAGCCAAAAACUGUGUUCCAGUGUGAAGGCAAGAAUGACAGCUAUGACCAGCGACAGCUCUCAGGGUACAGUGACUCUCAGCCCCAUUGCAGCACUGAGGAGAAACCUACAUGUCCUGAAGACAGAACUUCCAAAGAAAGCUACCCGAGAUGUGACAGCACAGGGGAAGGCCAGCAGACUUUGCCUACGCACAGAGAAAGAGCAACGGAUUUUGGUUUGGAAUCAAGAAAUGAUCAGAGUCCUAGUGUGGCCGAAGAACAGAUUGUCCUGUGUGGCCUGGAAAAUAGCUGUCCAGAGGAAGGUACAGAUGAGGGGCCAAGGAGUGAGGAAGGAGCAGCAGAAGGAGCAGUGGAAGGAGCAGUGGAAGGAGCAGCGGUUCUGCAAGGGAGCAGUGUGGAUAUGCAGCCUGCGCCUCCUCUCUGUGGGGCCAGGAAGGCUGAUAGAGCUCCCCACAGUGUGGUUCCUGCCUGGGUGAGAGAGGCCCCUGUGGCCCCUUUACAAGUGCGGUUUACUCCUCAUGCUGAGAAGGAGCUGGGGCAGCUCAGUUCAGGAGGUGAACCAGCCCACACAGAUCCCAGGUUGCAAUCUAGAAUGAAGGAAGGGAUUAUUCAGAAGUAGGAGCAGUGAUGCCAGUAAGAAGUAGCCUCUUGUCAGAAGAUGUCAGAUUCCAAAAAGGUAGAAAUCUGUUCGUUGUGUUAUAUCACAGUAAAGACCCAACGUAGUCUUGUAAAGAAGGGAAUGCAUACAUUGAUUCUCCAGUCAUUCACUGAACUUCUAGGCACGAGGCACUGCCCUUGGUCCUUGGAAUAAAUCAAAUGAACAAAAAAGAUUAAGGACUAAUUAGAACAAAUAAAUUAAUUAAUUAAAAAAAAGAUAAAGUCAAUCCCUGCCUUCAUAGAACUUGAGAAGCAAACUAAAAACAUAUUGUACAAAACGUAGAAAGAUGUUAUAUAGAAAGGCUGAUGCUAGAAGGCUAUAAUGGUUAUAGGAAAAUGUAAAAAAGAAUAGAGCAGGGUCAGGUUGUGAUGAUUUUAAAUAAGGGGCCAGAGUAGUUGUCACUGCAAAGGUGCAUAUGAGCAGAGGCCAA